AUGAAGAAAGAGAAGGACAGAAGCACGAGCAGGAGCACCACUAGAGGCAGCGUCCACUUCGGAAACCUGAGCCAUCAUUCCUUCUGUUCCAGACACAACCCUCAUCCUCACAGAGUCAGACAUAUAGAAGGUCUGAAUGGUAAACUGGUCUGUAUGGUGAACGAUGACUGGUAUGGCUUCACGCCUCUGUGUCCACAUCCACUUAUUAAAAGUCAAGUACCUGUGAGUGUGAACCAUUCUUCAGUGUUCCUCACACCUGAGAUCAGCACAGAUCACUCUGGGCAACAAGCAGCACUCAUAUCUGAAAGCUGGCGAGAGGAACUCAUAGAUUUGGCUACCAAAGUGAGUCUUUCAGCAGCUGCUGAGACACACAAUGACAAGAGAGAGGUACUCAACCUUCUGCAAAGAAAACUGUCACCUUCAGUCUUUCAAUUUAAUGCUGAUGAGCAGGAAGCUGAGAAUGAGAUGUUUUUGAAAGGACAUACUGUAGUAAUUAUCGGAUGA